AUUAUUAUUGGUGCAUCUGCUGUCUUCAAUAUUGUGAGAAGUUGACUUGUCUGUUUUUGCAGGUUCUGCGGUCGCUGCAGAUGAUUGGGACGACUGGUUUACUACCUCUACAAAGACGAUAUGCCCUGGCCAAUCUGUCACCAUUACAGAUGCAAGGGCUUACCACGAUCGUCUGUAUUUUAAGUCUGGCAUACACGGAAGUUCUCAAGUGGAAAUUGCAAACGACACUCAUGUCUUUGACCCCUCUUAUGAGAAGAAAAAUAAUCGGGUGGUAAUUCCUGAGGUCAAGAGACAACAUGAAGGCACAUACACCUGGGAUAGCUCACGUUUGCCUGGAAUUGGGCAAAGAAAUGUACAACUUGUUCUCAAAGACUGCUCGGUCCAUAAAGAGGUGGCUUACGGAGCGGAGCUCUUUAUGGCACUGCCCAAGGAAGCCGCCAUUUUGGACUUCACCCCAUCUGGCUCCAAGGACCAAAAGAUCUUGUGGAGUCGCAUCAAUGCGGAGGACACGAGGGGAGCGAGGGGAACCAUAUCGGGAAACCGCUGGACUGCUUCCACAAUGCGUUUUGCUGACACAGGACGCUACACUCUCCUCAGAGAGAGUGGUUGUGAAAUCUCGAGCAUUACUGCAAAAGUUGGAGGACGUGAAAGGUAUCAUGAUGUGGAUAUGCAUGGCUCAUUGGAAUACAGAAUUGGGCUUCCUGUAUCUGAGGCAGUGGUCACUUUUAUCGAUCCCUGGAACAAGCAGCAUGUGAUCUUCAAGAACGGCAUGAUGACCGAAGACUCGUUUAGGAUCUUCGAGGAUCGAGUCCGAAUAUCUAUAAACACUAAGCUUGACGUGCUGCAGUUCGAAAUGUCAGGUGCAAACUCUAAAAUGAUCGGACGGUAUGAGUUCACAGAGAAGAAAGGCAGAGCUUUUGUCUACCAUGUCCAUGGAAAGUCAAAUGAACCGCCAACCAUUCCAGACCGGAUUUUGCCUAUAGCCUUGGCUGCCGGUAUACUCACACUGUUCACCUUCUGUUGUUGUGUGAGGAGAUGCUGUUGUAAAAAGAAGGAAUCCUCAUCUCCUGCUCCUGCCUCUUCCAGCCUACCAGUCUAUAUCCAUGAACCUGCCCCAGGACCUAGACCAGCCUAUCAGCCAGCGGCUCGAGGUCCAGUGGGAGGUACCAUUGACACUCCAGCAGCACCGAGUUACAACAGCUCUCCACCUUCUUAUGAUGCGCUGAGUGCCAAUGGUCCUGAGCCCUACGUUCCUUAUGUUCCCUACGCUCCACCCGAGGCCCCAACCGGAGCAUAUGGUGCACCUUCAGCCCCGGACUACCAGUACCAGCCUAGUGGAUGGAGCAUGACUGACAUUCUCAACACUUCACCACUCAGUAUGGGCACGACAGACACCAGGGCCCCUGAUGGAGCAGGUGCUGCUCCUGCUGCCACCCCCACCCCUACUGUACCCAGUGCCCCUUCAGCCCCGGACUACCAGUACCAACCAAGGGGAUGGACUGGGACCACGGGUGACUUCCUCACUGUCUCUCCUCUCAACACUGAUACAACAGACCACACUGAAUACAGCUCAGCCAAGCUCAACUUCUGAAGAAAAAACUUGUUUUCUAUGUACAGUAUGUCAAUGUUUUUUUUAUCUUUUACCUAACAAUAAGGGGUAGUCAGCCUGCCAUCAGCAGCUAAAGUGCUUAAAUAAACUUUUGAUGGCAUUUUUUGUUAAAAGUUGGCAACCAUGCCAGAAGUUAUCAGCACGGACUAAGGUUUCAGAAUCACCUGGUUGCCAACAUGGAACUUGACCUUUAAGGUCAAAUCUGAAGGUCAAAAGGUCAAACACGGUCAAAUAACAGUGUCAUUUAGUUAAAAAUUGUUACAAAGUUGUUAAAAGUGGCCAACCAUGCCAGAAGUCAUCAGCAUGGAUUAAGGAUUCAGAAUCAACUUGUUGCCAACACUGAACUUGACAUUUAGGGUCAAAUUUGAAAGCCAAAAACAGGGUAUUUUCUUGCUAGUCUUUUUUGGGAACUGUAUAUUCAUGGAAUUCUUCUUCAAAAGUUGGCAACCAUGCAAGAAGUUAUUAGCAUGGGCUAAUGUUUCAGAAUCACCUGGUUGCCAACUUGGAACUUGACCUUUAGGGUCAAAUAUGAAGGUCAGCAGGUCAACCACAGUCAAAUAAGUGUUAUUUAGUUAAAAAUUGUUAAAAAGAUGUUGAAAGUGGACAACCAUGCCAGAAGUCAUCAGCACGGACUAAGGAUUCAGGAUCAACACAGAACUUGACCUUUAGGGUCAAAUUUGAAGGUCAAAAGGUCAAAAACUACGUAUUUUAAGGUUAGACUUUUUGGGGGACUGUGUUCAUGGAAAUCUUUUUCAAAAGUUGGUAAUCAUGCUAGAAGUUAUCAGCAUGGACUAAGGUUUCAGAAUCACCUGGUUGCCAACAUGGAACUUGACCUUUUAAGUCAAAUCUGAAGGUCAGAAACAAUGUAUUUUCUGGUUAGUCUUUUUUGGUGAUCUUUAUAUUCAUGGAAUUCUUGUUUUCAAAAGUUGGCAACCAUGCUAGAAUUUAUCAGCAUGGACUAAGGUUUCAGAAUCACCUGGUUACCAUCUAGAACUUGACCUCUAAGGUCAAAUUUGAAGGUCAAAAGGUCAACCGAGGUCAAUAAAAAAAUGUCUUUUGGUGAUGGUGAAGUUGUUUGCAUGGUACUGUAUAUUGAAUAAUUAGUAGGCCUAUUAUUUAAUGCUUGAUUUGGCGUAUCAUGGUGGGGCUCUGGCCUGUCAUCCUUAGACAUUCAUCAUAACUCAUGAGCAUAAAAUUAACUUAAACUUGUAUUUCA